CUACCCACUAACCCAAUCCCCACCUCCCCACCAUCAUCUCCUUCCUACCGAAAGCUAGAGAGCCAGCAGUCUUCUCCCCAUUCUCCCAGUUCACACGCUGCGAGGCACUACCACUUAGUCCGUCCUCCAUUUCGCCCUCCCGUAGCCAUCUCCUUCCUCCACAGCAACUCAUCUCCACCAAAACACCUUCAAUCCCUCAGCCCCGCGAAAUCCCACGCCCGUCACACACUCACCCCUUAAGAACCCGAUUUCAGCUCCUUCAUCUCCCUCAGCCAUCCAUGCCCAACCAGAGAUAGACUCGAAGCCACCAACGAUCUCAGCAGAUUGCGAGUGUUGCCAGCAAGCCGACUUCUACCAGUGGCGGCACCAGUAGCUUUACACAGUAUUUCCGGGAGACGCCGCUUUGUCCACUCAGAGCAGGGGAUUUGUGGUUUCCACCCUAGUCAACAUCUCCUUCUGCACAAAAAGGAAAAAAAAUUCGUGAAAGGCAGCCAAGUUUUUACAGUCAUGGUUGAGAAACCUAAGAAGUUGGUAAUACUAUAUGCAACUCAAACUGGAAAUGCUUUGGAUGCAGCUGAGCGUAUUGGCCGUGAGGCUGAGCGCAGAGGCUGCCCUAUCACUCUUUGUUCCAUGGAUGAAUUUGACGCUAGUUCUUUACCUCAAGAAGACACUGUAAUUUUUGUUGUUUCUACCACAGGCCAGGGAGAUACACCAGAUUCUAUGAAGGAUUUUUGGAGGGUCCUUCUGCAGAAAAAUCUUAGUAAGCAUUGGCUAGAUGGAGUUCAUUAUGCUGUUUUUGGAUUGGGUGAUUCUGGUUACCAAAAAUAUAAUUUUGUGGCAAAGAAGCUUGACAGAAGGCUUUCAGAUCUUGGGGCAACAACUAUUGUUGAAAGAGGAUUGGGAGAUGAUCAGCACCCUUCAGGGUACGAAGGUGAGUUGGAUCCUUGGAUGUCAUCCUUGUGGCGUGCACUGUACCAAGUCAGUCCUAAUUUAUUCCCAAAAGGUCCAGAUUUUGUGACUCCAGAAUCAAAAUUGAUUGAUCAACCUAAAUUCCAAGUAAUAUAUCAUGAAACUGACAUGGUGGACUCGCAAUUACUUACUGAUACAGGUUUAAAAAAUAUUCAAAUGCAUGUUGAGAUGGCUCGCUCGAUGUUGCCUGGGAAAUUUUCUCAUGACAAGAACAGGCCGGAUUGUCUUCUUAAAAUGGUAAAGAAUCAACCAUUGACUAGAGCAGACUGUGGAAAAGAUGUGCGCCAUUUUGAAUUUGAAUUCAUUUCAUCAGCAAUCAAAUAUGAAGUUGGUGAUGUCCUUGAACUUCUCCCUGGUCAAAAUCCUGCUGCAGUGGAUGCUUUUAUACAGCACUGUAAUUUGGAACCUGAAUCACUCAUCACUGUGCACCCUAGAGUGAUGGAAAGUGCUGAAAGCAAUGCCCCUAAUGUCCCUAUCAAGCUAAAAACUUUUGUGGAACUAAAUAUGGAUGUUGCAUCAGCUUCUCCUAGACGCUAUUUCUUUGAGGUUAUGAGCUUUUUCGCAACAGCUCAACAUGAAAAGGAGAGACUUCAAUAUUUUGCAUCACCUGAAGGAAGAGAUGAUCUAUACCAAUACAACCAGAAGGAACGAAGAACUGUUUUGGAGGUGCUAGAGGAUUUCCCUUCUGUGCAAAUGCCUUUUGAGUGGUUGGUGCAGUUGGUUCCUCAAUUGAAAACUAGGGCUUUCUCCAUUUCUUCUUCCCUUUCAGCUCAUCCUAAUCAAGUGCACUUGACCGUGAAUGUAGUGUCAUGGACAACACCUUUUAAGAGGACGCGGACAGGUCUCUGCUCCACGUGGCUUGCCAAAUUAGAUCCUCAACAAAAUACAGGUUUAUAUAUUCCAGCAUGGUUUCACAAAGGUUUACUUCCUCCACCACCACCAUCACUUCCCCUUAUUCUUGUCGGGCCGGGGACAGGAUGUGCACCUUUUCGUGGGUUUGUGGAGGAAAGAACCAUACAAGACGUAUCUGAUAGAGCUGCUCCCAUUAUGUUCUUCUUUGGUUGCCGAAGUGAGGAGAAUGACUUCUUAUAUAAAGAUUUUUGGCUGUCUCAUGCACUAGAAAAUGGGGUGCUUGCAGAACAAAGGGGUGGGGGUUUUUAUGUUGCCUUUUCAAGAGACCAGCCGCAAAAGGUUUAUGUGCAGCAUAAAAUGCAAGAACAUAGUGGGAGGAUAUGGGAUUUGUUAUUAGAGGGGGCUUCUAUUUAUGUCGCAGGAUCUUCGACCAAAAUGCCCUCAGAUGUAAGGGCAGCGUUCGAGGAUAUAAUAUCCCGAGAAGCUGGGGUUUCGAAGGAAACUGCUGAGCUGCAACUUAGGAGGUUGGAAAGGGAUGGUAGAUACCAUGUUGAAGCAUGGUCUUGAGUGCUGCUGUGUUCUUUAACAUCACAGUGUAAUUCCAUAUGAAGUAUAAUAGUGAAAGUGUUACAAGCAGGUUAUACAACAUUUGAUUCAGGAAGAGUAUGUUGAGCAGUUAAAGGGAAUACAAGAUUGGCUUCAGUUAAGGUUAUGUUUGCUUCAAUUUUCAUCUGCAGAUGAGACUUAGGAGUCGUGUUCCGUUUAUUGAUGUUUCCAUAGACAGGUCAUAUGAUGAUAUGAACUGAAACAUUGAAUUCUAACAUCAAGUUUCUCUCUCUCUCUCUUUUAUAUUUGAAGAAAAUUAUUUUUCAAGCGUCUGGAAGUGACAGUUUUCAUCCGAGGAUAUUGUUAGAAUUACAAUGAGUGAC